AUGCGCAAAAAGUCCGUCAAAUUCGACAUUGCUAUGAACAGUCAAGAAGCAGUGGAGGAGUGGAGGACUAGGAGCUUCCAUCUUGUCCUGAUGGACUUGCAAUUACCAGUGAAGGAUGGGAUUGAGGCAACAAAGGAGAUCAGAGAAGCCAAGCGCUUUGCCCUUCCCCCUCCCGCUGGAACUGGAACAGCUAACUUUACCACCUCGGCGCCCGCAUUUGGUCCCGGUCCCGUCGGCGAGAAACCUAUUAUGUCUAUCAUGGGCACCCUUGCUCAGGGGAAGGCUAAGAAAGUUGCUGACCAUCUCCAUCUGAGCUCCAAUAAGGCCCGCAGAACUCAGUUGCGCAAAACGGCCCGCCAAGCGAAGCUCUUCGCGCUGGCGGAAGAGGUGUACGGCCGGAAAGUGGGUGGGGAUGGAUAA